CACUAACUAUGGGGUGGACAACUCUGUGGUUGUGUGUUCUCGCUCUGCCACUAACGAGCGCCGUCCAGGUGAAAGCCAAGAAGGCUCGCCAGUCCAACCAUGUUAACAGCAUCUGCAGCACCUGGGGCAGAGAGCACUUCAAGACCUUCGAUGGAGACGUGUACCAGUUCCCAGGGACUUGUGAAUACAACCUGGCCUCCGACUGCCACUCUGAGUCCUACCAGGAGUUCUCUGUGCACCUGAAGAGGAACGAGGCUACUGAGGAUGAGGGGAACCCUACGGUCAAACACGUAGUGGUCACUAUCAACGACCUGGUCUUCCACCUGACCAAGACUCUGGUCACGGUCAAUGGAGAAAUUGUAACUCUGCCCUACUACAAUGGAGGAGUCCAACUGGAACGGAAUGCAGUUUACACCAAACUCUACUCCAAGGUUGGCCUGGUUGUCAUGUGGAAUGGAGAAGAUGCCGUCAUGGUGGAGCUGGACUCAGAGUACACCAACCGUACCUGUGGUCUCUGUGGAGACUUCAAUGGCCUUCCAGUCCACAAUGAGUUUAUUUAUAAUGGCCGUAAAGUGGGCCCCGUUGAGUUUGGCAACAUGCAGAAAGUCCACAGGCCCAACGAGGAUUGUGAGGACCCCUAUGAAGAGGAAGAUGAACCUGCAGACGUUCAGCCUAGAGAGGACACAUGCAAGGAGUUUCAUGCCCAGUGUGACCAGCUCCUGCGCUCGGCGUUGUGGAGCUCCUGUGGUGCGGUCGUGAACCCUGAACCCUACAUCCAGGCCUGUGUUCAGGACCUGUGUGGCUGCAGCAACACUUCUGAUAGCUUCUGUGUCUGCAGCACCCUGGCAGAGUACUCCAGACAGUGCUCCCAUGCUGGGGGGCAGCCACCCCACUGGAGAACAACAGCCUUCUGUGACAAGCAGUGCCCGUUCAACAUGGUGUAUCUGGAGAGUGGCUCUCCCUGCCUGGACACCUGUACCCACUCAGACACCAGCUCACUGUGUGAAGAACAUCUGAUGGACGGCUGCUUCUGCCCUCACGGGACUGUGUUUGAUGACAUCUCAAAGCGAGGGUGUAUCUCUCAGGACCAGUGUCAGUGCAAACAUGACAAAGUGUAUAACUCUGGAGAAGUUUUCAGACAGGACCGUGAGGAAUGUGUCUGUCACCAUGGUCAGUGGUCCUGUAAAAGCCUGCCCAGCCCUGCUACAUGUGCAGUUGAAGAGGGUUCACACGUGACGACCUUCGAUGGGAAAGCAUACACCUUCCAUGGGGACUGCUACUACCCACUAGCCAAGGUGGAAAGCAAGGAUGAAGCCAGUCCAAAGUUUACUGUUCUGGGCCAGCUGGUUCCCUGCAUAAGACAGAAGUUUGACACUUGCCUCAAGAGCGUUGUGGUCUUGUUGAACAAUGACAGAAACAAUGCUUUGGUGAUUUCCGCCGAUGGGAAAGUCAGCCACAAUGCACAGAUCACUCUGCCUUACAACACAGCUGACAUCAGUGUGUUCCAGCCGUCGUCCUUCCACAUGAUUCUCCAGACCAGCUUUGGGCUGCAGGUUCAGAUCCAGUUGAUCCCUAUCAUGCAGGUCUAUGUCACCCUGGACGAGAGCUACAAGACCAAGACACAAGGUCUGUGUGGGAACUUCAACAAGGUUCUGUCUGAUGACAUGAAAACCCCCCAGGGUAUGGUGGAGGGGACAGCCUCUUCCUUUGGUAACUCCUGGAAGGCUAAUCCUACCUGCAGAGACAGAGAGGAGAGGCUGGACGACCCCUGCUCCCUCAGUGUGGAGAAUGAGAACUAUGCUAAACAUUGGUGCUCCUUGCUAAGAAGUUCUGACAGCACUUUUGCCAAGUGCCAUGCUAUGGUGGACCCCGAGAUUUACUACAAGCGAUGCACAUACGCUAGCUGUAACUGUGAGAAGAGUGAAGACUGCCUGUGUGCCGUCUUCUCGUCCUACGUGCGAGACUGUGCUACCAAGGGAGUGGUCCUGUCGGGCUGGAGAGAGAACGUGUGUGACAAAUACACUGGUAACUGCCCAGCGUCUCAGACCUACUCCGACCAGGUCCAGAGAUGUCAGCUGACCUGUAGCUCCCUGGCCAGCAAACGCCAGGGUUGUACCAACGACUUCCUCCCAGUGGAUGGUUGCUCCUGCCCGGACGGCCUGUACAUGGACGACAGGGGCACCUGUGUACCCAUGGCCAAAUGCCCCUGCUUCCACAACGGCGUCCACAUCAAGCCUGGGAAGUCCAUCAACAUUCAGGAGGAGCACUGUGUCUGCACCAAUGGGAAGCUUCACUGCCGUUCCUGGAAAAUGCGUUCGGAGAGUACCUGCCAGUCGCCCAAGGUGUUCUUAAACUGCUCCAAUGACCUGGGAGUACAGUGUACACGGAGCUGUAGGAACCCAGAUUUCACGGACUGUUUCUCUGCAGAGUGUGAGUCUGGGUGCAAGUGUCCCAUGAGUCUGUGGGAGGAUGGGAAAGGUAUGUGUGUGAAAAAACAUGAAUGCCCAUGCAGCCAUGAUGGAGCCCUCUACGCCCCAGGAAAACAGAUCCCAAACGGAUGUAACACAUGCACCUGUAAGAGUGGGAAAUGGGAGUGCACAGAUAAGAAGUGCCCAGGAUCCUGUACGAUCUACGGCAGUGGCCAUUACAAAACCUUUGAUGAGCGCACGUAUGGCUUCCAAGGAAAAUGUGGCUAUGUGGCUGUCCAGAACAAAUGUGGGAACCGGUCUGGCCAUGACAACUUCACGGUGAUCACAGAGAACAUACCGUGUGGAACCACAGGCACCACUUGCUCCAAGUCUGUCAGGGUUCAACUCGGGAGAACAGAGCUGAAACUAUCAAAGGGGACCUAUGAAGUGGUGAACCUAGGAGUGGGCUCUCAGAUCCAGUACCGAGUGAGGUCCGCCGGUCUGUACCUGAUUGUUGAGUCAGACAUCGGGAUCGCAGUGCUGUGGGACCGCAAAACUACCGUCCGCAUCAUCCUGGAGCCACAGCAUAGCGGAGCAGUGUGUGGCCUGUGUGGGGACUUUAAUGGAGACGGCAGAGAUGACUUCACCACGCAAGGCCAGAUGGUAGUCAGCAGCCCUGUGGAGUUUGCUAACAGCUGGAAGGUGUCAAGCACUUGCCCCGACGCAGAAAGCAACGUCGACCCAUGUGGAGCCAGACCCGACCGUCACAACUGGGCUAAGAUGCAGUGCAGCAUCAUCAGAGGGAAGACUUUCGAACUGUGCCACAAGAAGGUAGACCCUGCUCCGUUCUUUGAGAACUGUGUGAAAGACUCCUGUGCCUGUGAUACUGGCGGAGACUGUGAAUGUUUCUGUACAGCUGUAGCAGCCUACGCCCAGGCCUGCACCGAAGCUGGAGUGUGUGUUGCAUGGAGAACACCAGAGAUUUGUCCUGUGUUCUGUGACUACUACAACGAUCCAGGUGAAUGUGAAUGGCAUUACAGCCCUUGCCAUACACCUUGCUUCAAGACCUGUCUGAAUCCAAAUGGGACCUGUAGCAACCCUAUUCCCAAUCUGGAAGGUUGUUACCCACGAUGCCCUCCAAGAAUGCCUAUAUUUGAUGAAGAGACCGGGGAGUGUGUUGAGAUAUGUGAUGAAAUACCACCACCACCAACAACAACAACACCAAUACCAUCAACAACAACAUCAAUACCACCAACAACCACACCAAGACCACCACCACCAACAACAACAACAACCACACCACCACCACCAACAACAACAACAACCACACCAAUGCCACCAACAACAACAACCACAACAAUACCAACAACAACCACACCAAUACCACCACCAACAACAACAACAACAACCACACCAAUACCACCAACAACAACAACCACACCAACACCACCAACAACCACACCAAUACCACCAACAACAACCACACCAAUACCACCAACAACAACAACCACACCAACACCACCAACAACCACACCAAUACCACCACCAACAACAACCACACCAAUACCACCAACAACAACAACCACACCAAUACCACCAACAACAACAACCACACCAACACCACCAACAACCACACCAAUACCACCAACAACAACCAGACCAAGACCACCACCAACAACAACCACACCAACACCACCAACAACAACAACCACACCAAUACCACCAACAACAACCACACCAACACCACCAACAACAACAACCACACCAAUACCACCAACAACCACACCAAUACCACCACCAACAGCAACAACAACACCCACACCAACAACCACACCAAUACCACCAACAACAACCACACCAAUACCACCAACUACAACAACCACACCAAUACCACCAACAACCUCACCAACACCACCAACAACAACAACCACACCAAUACCACCAACAACAACAACCUCACCAAUACCACCAACAACAACAACCACACCAAUACCACCAACAACAACCACGCCAAUACCACCAACAACAACCACACCAAUACCACCAACAACCACACCAAUAACACCAACAACAACAACCACACCAAUACCAACAACAACAACCACACCAAUACCACCAACAACAACCACACCAAUACCACCAACAACAACCACACCAAUACCACCAACAACAACCACACCAAUACCACCAACAACAACCACACCAAUACCACCAACAACAACAACAACCACACCAAUACCACCAACAACAACCACACCAAUACCACCAACAACAACCACACCAAUACCACCAACAACAACAACAACAACAACAACCACACCAAUACCACCACCAACAACAACAACCACACCAAUACCACCAACAACAACCACACCAAUACCACCAACAACAACCACACCAAUACCACCAACAACAACAACCACACCAAUACCACCACCAACAACAACAACAACAACCACACCAAUACCACCAACAACAACCACACCAAUACCACCAACAACAACAACCACACCAGUACCACCAACAACAACAACACCAAUACCACCAACAACAACAACCACACCAACACCACCAACAACAACAACCACACCAAUACCACCAACAACAACCACGCCAAUACCACCAACAACAACCACACCAAAACCACCAACAACAACCACACCAAUACCACCACCAACAACAACAACAACAACCACACCAACAACAACACCAAUACCAACAACAACUUCCCCCCAGACAACAGAGCCACCAACUACUCCUUGUAUUCCUACUUGUGAGUGGUCAGAAUGGUAUGAUGAAGAUGAUGAUAAAGAUAAGAGUGACUGGGAAACGUAUUGGAAUAUCACACAGAGUGGAAAACAAGUGUGUGAAGAUCCACAGGAUAUUGAAUGUGUAGCUACAGACUAUCCUAAUACGAGCUUAGAGGACUUUGUAGCUGAGACAGGCCAAGUUGUAGAGUGCAAUGUUGACUUUGGUUUAAUAUGUGAACAAAAUAAACAGACUCAGAGACCCUUUAAGUGCAAGAACUAUAAGAUUCGAGUCCUCUGUUGCGUUAUAUGUAUCUCAACAACAAAACCACCCACAACAACCCCAACGACAACCGAAAUAUCAACAUCUGAAAAACCAACCACAACCCCCAGGACAACAGAAGAACCAACCACAACCCCCAGGACAACUGAAGAACCAACCACAACCCCCAGGACAACUGAAGAACCAACCACAACCCCUCCUGUCACAGUCACCACAACCACUAAAGCUCCUACAACAACACAUAAACCAACAACUACCACAGAAGCCACAACUCUACCCACAACACCCAGGACAACUGAAGAACCAAACACAACCCCCAGGACAACUGAAGAACCAACCACAACCCCUCCUGUCACAGUCACCACAACCACUAAAGCUCCUACAACAACACAUAAACCAACAACUACCACAGAAGCCACAACUCUACCCACAACCCCCAGGACAACUGAAGAACCAACCACAACCCCCAGGACAACUGAAGAACAAACCACAACCCCUCCUGAAACAAUCACCACAACCACUAAAGCUCCUACAACAACACCUAAACCAUCAACUACCACAGAAGCCACAACUCUACCCACAACCCCCAGGACAACUGAAGAACCAACCACAACCCCCAGGACAACAGAAGAACCAACCACAACCCCCAGGACAACUGAAGAACCAACCACAACCCCCCGGACAACUGAAGAACCAACCACAACUCCCAGGACAACUGAAGAACCAACCACAACCCCUCCUGUCACAGUCACCACAACCACUAAAGCUCCUACAACAACACCUAAACCAUCAACUACCACAGAAGCCACAACUCUACCCACAACCCCCAGGACAACUGAAGAACCAACCACAACCCCCAGGACAACUGAAGAACCAACCACAACCCCCAGGACAACUGAAGAACCAACCACAACCCCUCCUGUCACAGUCACCACAACCACUAAAGCUCCUACAACAACACCUAAACCAUCAACUACCACAGAAGCCACAACUCUACCCACAACCCCCAGGACAACUGAAGAACCAACCACAACCCCCAGGACAACUGAAGAACCAACCACAACCCCCAGGACAACUGAAGAACCAACCACAACCCCUCCUUUCACAAAGCCACAACUCUACCCACAACCCCCAGGACAACUGAAGAACCAACCACAACCCCCAGGACAACUGAAGAACCAACCACAACCCCCAGGACAACUGAAGAACCAACCACAACCCCCAGGACAACUGAAGAACCAACCACAACCCCCAGGACAACUGAAGAACCAACCACAACCCCAAGGACAACUGAAGAACCAACCACAACCCCCAGUACAACUGAAGAACCAACCACAACCCCUCCUGUCACAGUCACCACAACCACUAAAGCUCCUACAACAACACCUAAACCAUCAACUACCACAGAAGCCACAACUCUACCCACAACCCCCAGGACAACUGAAGAACCAACCACAACUCCCAGGACAACUGAAGAACCAACCACAACCCCUCCUGUCACAGUCACCACAACCACUAAUGCUCCUACAACAACACCUAAACCAUCAACUACCACAGAAGCCACAACUCUACCCACAACCCCAGCAAUCCCCCCCAGGACAACUGAAGAACCAACCACAACCCCCAGGACAACUGAAGAACCAACCACAACCCCCAGGACAACUGAAGAACCAACCACAACCCCCAGGACAACUGAAGAACCAACCACAACCCCCAGGACAACUGAAGAACCAACCACAACCCCCAUAUGAAGAACCAACCACAACCCCUCCUGUCACAGUCACCACAACCACUAAAGCUCCUACAACAACACCUAAACCAUCAACUACCACAGAAGCCACAACUCUACCCACAACCCCCAGGACAACUGAAGAACCAACCACAACCCCCAGGACAACUGAAGAACCAACCACAACCCCUCCUGUCACAGUCACCACAACCACUAAUGCUCCUACAACAACACCUAAACCAUCAACUACCACAGAAGCCACAACUCUACCCACAACCCCCAGCACAACUGAAGAACCAACCACAACCCCCAGGACAACUGAAGAACCAACCACAACCCCUCCUGUCACAGUCACCACAACCACUAAAGCUCCUACAACAACACCUAAACCAUCAACUACCACAGAAGCCACAACUCUACCCACAACCCCCAGGACAUCUGAAGAACCAACCACAACCCCCAGGACAACUGAAGAACCAACCACAACCCCCAGGACAACUGAAGAACCAACCACAACCCCCAGGACAACUGAAGAACCAACCACAACCCCCAGGACAACUGAAAAACCAACCACAACCACCCCUGUCACAGUCACCACAACCACUAAUGCUCCUACAACAACAUCUAAACCGUCAACUACCACAGAAGCCACAACUCUAAUGACAACCACAUCAGCAACAACCCAUGAAUCAGUUGUCACUGGUCCAACAUUGGCACCUCCAACAACAGAAAGCCAAGUCGGUCCAACACCAACCACAACUGGAACACCAACCCCACCACCAAUCACUUGUCCUGAGUGGGACAAAGUGCAAAAUGAAACUUUCUGGCUCUGCAACUGCACAUUGGCCAGAUGCAUUGAAAACAACACCAUUGAGAUAAUUCCAUAUGAAUGCCCAGAGCCUGAGCCAAUCACAUGUGCCAAUGGCAAGAAACCAGUGCUACAGUGGGAUGAAUUCUACUGCUGCCAACGCUUCGUGUGUGACUGCGUCUGUGAGGGUUGGGGAGACCCCCAUUACAUCACCUUCGACGGGCUCUUCUACAGCUUCCAAGGGAACUGUACCUAUGUGCUGAUGGAGGAGAUGAAGCCGCGUCACAACUUUAAGAUCUACAUCGACAAUGUCAACUGUGAUCCCACCGAGGAUGUGUCCUGUCCUCGAGCCAUCAUCGUGUCCUAUCGCUCAACAGUCAUAACACUGAAGAAUCACAACCUCAUUGGAGCUGCUCAGUUGGAGGCUCUUAUUGAUGGAGUUUCCCUGAGACUACCCUUCAAACGAAACGGUGUGAAGGUGAUGACCUCUGGUAUCAACAUGGUCUUGGAGAUUGCACAUCUCCAGGUGGUAGUUACCUUUGGUGUCACUGGCUUCAGCGUCAACCUUCCUUGGCAACACUUUGGCAACAAUACACAGGGACAUUGUGGAACAUGCAACAACAACCAGGCAGAUGACUGCAUGCUGCCUGGAGGUCAGCUGGUGGAGAACUGUGCUGUGAUGGCAGACUACUGGCCAGCCCAGGAUCUCUACCAGCCCGACUGCCCUGUGCCACCUGGAAUCCCCACCAACUCUCCUCUCCCUGAACCCACACAGAAGCCAUGCAAGCCAGACUCCUCUGUCUGUGAUCUCCUGAAGGACAGCGUUUUUGCAGCCUGUCAUCCAUUUGUCUCACCUGACAACUUCUACCAGGGCUGUGUCUAUGACAGCUGCCACGUGUCCAACCCUGCGGUGGAGUGCACCAGUCUGCAGGCAUACGCUGCUGCCUGCGCCCAGUUUGGAGUCUGCAUCUACUGGAGAAACCACACCACGCUAUGUGCCAGCGACUGCCCAGUUGACAAAGUCUACAAGCCCUGCGGUCCUGCCGAGCAGCCAACCUGUGACGACAAUCCAGACGAGUCUAGGAUGAACGUCACCACAGAAGGCUGCUUCUGUCCUGAUGGGAUGAAACUCUUCAACAAGGACUCAGGGAUCUGUGUUGAUAAGUGUGGAUGCAUUGAUCCUGAAGGUGUUCCGCGAGAGUUCAACGAGAGGUUUGAGUACAAGUGCCAGGAUUGCGUUUGUAUGGAGUCCACCAAGAUUGUGACCUGUGAACCCAAGGUCUGCUCCAAACCCCCAGUAGAGAUAUGCACUGGUCCAGGCUUCGUAUAUGUCAACCAAACCGAUCCAUCCGAUCCAUGCUGCUCCAGCCUCGUCUGCCGUUGUGACAGCAGCACUUGCCAGCCUACCAACAUGAACUGUCCUAUUGGGUUCCUGCCAGUGGUUUCUGUCCCUGAGGGAAAAUGCUGUGCAGAGCAUACAUGUGAACCUAAACGAGUUUGUCUCCACAAAGGCCUUGAAUACCAGCCUAAUUCUAAAGUACCAGGAUCAGAGUGCCAAGAGUGCACUUGCACCAAUAAAGUGGAUCCCAAGACUGGUCAUUACCAAAUUGACUGUGGAUUCGUGCAAUGUGACGAAGAUUGUGAAAAGGGAUAUGAGUACCAGGAGCCAGACUAUUCCUCAGAUGACUGCUGUGGUAAAUGUGUUCAGACCCACUGUGUCCUCCAGAUCAAUGGGACCAAGCAGUUGUUGAAGCAUGGAGAUACGUGGUCAGCUCCUGGUGAUAAGUGCCAGCAGUACAGCUGCAUGAAAAACGGUGAUAGCUAUCUGACCCAGAGCUCCUACAUCCAUUGCCCACCCUUCCAGCAGGCCAACUGCCAGCCUGGUUCAAUUCAGACUGCUGCAAACGGCUGCUGUAAAAUUUGUGUGGAGAAGGACAAGGCCUGUAAGAUAGGAUCCAUGAAGACUGUCAUCAACCACAAGGGCUGCCAGUCUAUUGAGAAGGUGGAGAUGCCGUACUGUGAGGGAUCCUGCAACACCUUCACCAAGUACUCUGCGAUGGCUGCGUCCCUGGACCACUCGUGUACCUGCUGCCAGGAGUCCCGGGCCAGUAACCGCACGGUGGAACUACAGUGUCUGAAUGGAGAUGUGGUGCCGUACACCUACCUCCACGUGGAGGAGUGUGGCUGCAGACACAACGACUGCCACAGAGCCAUCAGGGUUCCAGCCCGCAAGGGACGCAGCUACACACUGGUCUAAAUGGGAUCUGUUCUAGUCCAGACGGGACUAGUCCAGCACCAAUCCACUAGCUGCUUACUAAGGAAGACCCUGCUACCCUGCUUCCCAUAGCUGUUAUUUAUCUAACCUCUUGAUUUACAUAUAAAAUGUAGAUUGUAAAUGUAGUAACUUAUGCUUACUUACCUUAUUAAAAUGCAACUUUCAAAUACCUAUGUCCGUUGUUUGUUUUAUUGUAGAAGAGCAUAAACCUUGUCUUGAAAAGCUUCGUUUUAUU